AUUAAUUGCGUCCCACUACAGCGCGUGCAUGCAGUUACUGCCAAUUUGAAACCGGCUAAGCACGCGCUGCCAUUCUUACUCCACCCGGCGCGGAGGUGAUUUCAUUCAACUCACUCCAGAUUUCUUCUAAAAAAAAUUAUAACAUCUUACUACUGUUCAAACCAGCUGACCAAAGAAAUGGUGAUGGAGAAGCCAAGUGCCCAGCUUGUCGGGCGAGAGUUUGUCCGACAGUAUUACACCCUUCUGAACCAGGCUCCUGACUACCUGCACAGGUUUUAUGGCAAGAAUUCUUCCUAUGUGCAUGGUGGUUUGGACAACAAUGGCAAACCUGUAGAAGCUGUCUACGGCCAGUCGGAAAUCCACAAAAAGGUGAUGGCUCUGAGCUUCAAUGACUGCCACACCAAAAUUAGGCAUGUUGAUGCGCAUGCCACUCUGAAUGAGGGGGUCGUAGUGCAGGUGAUGGGAGAGCUGUCCAACAACAUGCAGCCCAUGAGGAAGUUCAUGCAGACCUUUGUGUUGGCCCCAGAGGGCACUGUUGCAAACAAGUUCUACGUACACAAUGACAUCUUCCGCUAUCAGGAUGAAGUCUUUGGGGACUCGGACUCUGAACCUCCUGAGGAGUCUGAGGAGGAAGUGGAGGAGCUGGAGGAGAGGGUGAACUCGCCUGAGGUGCAGCAGGAAGAAACGGCUGCGUUUUAUGAACAGAGUCCUUGUGUGGAACCAGAGGCUCCUCAGGAGGAGGCCUCUGUAACCCCAGAGCCCCAGCCUGAACCUGAGCCUGAGCUGGAGCCCGAGGCAGCUGCUGUGGAGCUGAAACAGGACUCAGCAAGCCAGGCUGAGCCCCUUGCUGUGGAGAAAAGUCCAAGAGCUCCUCCUUCACCUACCCCUGCUGAGUCUGCAGCCACCAUACCAGAUGAAAACCGGCCUUUCUCAUGGGCUUUAGUCACCAGUAAGAAUCUCCCCCAGGGAGGCGUGGUGCCAGCUUCAGGAAUCCCCCCUCAUGUAGUCAAAGCUCCAGCAAAUCAGCAGCCCAGAGUCGAAGUAAAACCAGAACCCCAGACCACUGUACAGAGACCUCAGAGAGACCAGAGACCACGUGAACAAAGACCAGGACCCCUCCCAGCACAGAGAGCUCCAAGGCCAGGAGCACGGGAAGGAGAAAGUGGAGAGCCUGAGGUGAGGCGGGUGGUCCGGUAUCCUGACAGCCAGCAGCUCUUUGUAGGAAACGUGCCGCAUGAUGUGGACAGGGCUGAGCUGAAAGAGUUCUUUGAACAGUAUGGAACAGUCCUGGAGUUGAGGAUCAACAGUGGUGGCAAGCUGCCCAACUUUGGAUUUGUGGUUUUUGAUGACUCUGAGCCUGUACAGAAGAUCCUGAGCAAUCGGCCCAUUAAGCUCCGAGGAGAUGUUCGUCUGAAUGUGGAGGAAAAGAAAACGCGUUCAGCACGUGAAGGAGAACGGCACAUCCGUCCCAGAGGCCCGGGAGGACCGCGGGACAGGAUAGGAGGGCCGAGAGGCCCGCCUCCUCGAGGUGGCAUGGCUCAGAAACCAAGUUUUGGUGCCGGGCGUGGUGCAGGCUCCAGCGAGGGGCGUUAUACAGGACCACGCCAGUGAAGCAGCUCUCAUCUCAAGUCACUGCUGAUGCAAGUCACCCUGAGUAACAGCUUUCCUCAUCCUGUUUGCCAUGCUGCUCCUGAGCUGCAGAGUGGCAUAUCCCCUUUAUCUGGACUCCUCUUGUAUUUGAGUUUGAACUCGAAUUUGUUGUAGACAAACAAACUACUUGAAUUGUGGAAAAGGAAAAACCCAGCGUUUUGUUUUAACGUUCUCUCCCUGUUUCUUAAAGGAACGUGUUUUUACUGCUCGGGCAAUCCUGUGUAUUGCUAGCACCCGCUUGUCAGGUCAAAGUGCAAAUAUGGUUUUAUUUGGAAUUGUCGCCAAGUCAAAUCAUGGUUGUGUCUGAGUGACUAGCAUGUAAAGAAUCCUGUUUGCCUUCUACUGUUGCACUUCAUCAAGAAUUACAUAUUUUAACAACUCUGCUGAUGAGAGAACAGAAUAAACUUGAUGUACUCUUUUGAGCCCUGUGUGUUCUGCAAUGCACUGCUCAGAAUUUUUCACACUGUAAUCUUAAAGUGCAGCUUGGUUGUUGGAAACUGCUCCAUUUCAGAGGAAAAGUUAAUUUGCCCCUUCCUGCAGCUCCCCAAGGCAAAACACCAAACUGGCAGAGCUGGCUUGUUCAUGAGUGUCCUGGUUCACAUGUCGAAUCAGUUUGCUCCUCCAACUGAAUUUGCAAUUUUCUGCUCCCACUCUGUGGCAUAACAGGGCAAGUUGGGGUUUGUGUUAUUCAGAAAUGCGAAACACAUGCUGCACAAAAUUUUGAAUUUUCAUCGAAGGUUUUUAGUGGUUCUUUAAUUGUGGUGUGAAAAUGGCUAAUUUGAACCACUGCCAACACAAUACUUAAUUUAUUGAAAUUUUACUUUUCUGACCCCUUCAUGCUGCUUAUUAGAGUCUUUGGAACCCAACUUUGCUGCUGCAGGUUUUUUAAUGACUGGUUAAGAAUAAUCUCAUAUUAAAUGGUUAACAAUUUGGCAGGAACCUUAACUUGAUUUCAAAAUUAUUUCUAUAAAUAAAUGUUUUCUGGUCCUUUACUAAAUAGGGCAGUAGACCCUGAAAAUAUAUAAAUUCUAGCACGUCUUCUCCAAAAUGCUUUGAAAUGCUUUCUUUUUUUUUUUUUUCUUUUUUUUUUACAUGGCACAAUAUUAUAACCAGCAGUACUGGAAUCUUUGCUCCCUUUCAUUCCGGCAACAAAAAAAAAUGUAGCCAUAUGUAGCACCUGAGUAAUUGGAUUAAGUGUAGAUGGCUGCUGUGUAGAACCCUGCAACAGUGUGAGGUGAAUGUGUGUCAGUAGGUGGUAUGAAAUUAGUAUUUAGAAAGACCACUGCUUUCCUCCAUCACAUGCACAUGCUGGAGUCCUCACCCCAUGACCCACAUGAGCUCAAGAUGUCCUCCUCAGCUGGCACUGACCCACAGAACAGAUGGAUGGCCCUAAUAAAAGCCUGUAACAUGAGAUACAUUAUGCAACUGUGCAUUCCCUUUUGCUUAGAGACUAGAUAUUAAAAGGCUUCAGUAUAUUUUCAAGUAAAGAUUUAGAGUAAAUUUAUAACCUUUAAGACCUCUGACACGCAACCUAAAAAUACAGAUUGUUUCCAUCUCCAAGGGUACAAGAAGUGACUUUAAUAAAGACGUUUAAUAAUC